AUGUUACGUUGUUACAUCGCUGAUUUUUGGAAUGGUGUAUAUGGAGAUAUACUUUUACCUGUUUGUCUUACACUAACAGCUGCUGCAGUGUUUUGUUAUAUUUUAAUAUUUAUUCGACUUUAUUUUCGAAAAAAUCCUCCAACUACUCAAAAUUAUGUUAAAAAACUUGAAGGAGUAUACAAAUCGUUAAUUAUUAUUUUAUUAAUAAUUAUUUUUGGAUGGAUAUGUACUUCUAUCAAUCGACAAUUAAUUAAAUUGACUUUUUCUAGUCCUUACCUCGCAGGUUUUAUAAUCAUGAAUUGUUUGGAUUUAGUUCUGACUUUUGUUGGAUGUGUCAAUACUUUUGUUCUUUAUACUUGCAGGUUCGAAAAAAUGAAAAUUUGGGAUAUUUUUAGUGUGCUAACUCUCUCUGAUGGUUUUUCGAUUUUCGGGGACCUAGUAUAUCUCGAUCCACUUUUCUUAAUUGAAUUAAAUAAUUUAGUUGAAAUUUAA